GAUGUGUCUGCUAACAUUCUGUUAGAUAGUUUUAUCAAGAAAGGGGACUAUUCCUCUGGACUGUCUGUCAUGUGGGAACUUUGCCUUCAGUCUCAUUUUGAAAAGGAGCCCCCUACACCUUACACAACUGCUCUCUGGUUGCACACGAUUGGCGAGUUAUUGAAAUCUGGUGUCUUUUUUGAACGUUCUGAAAAAAUAGUAGAAGUUGACACUGAGGAUGACGUUGACGUUGACUAUCAGAGUGUAGCAUAUCUGCGAAAUCCCAGCUACGAUGGUUGGUUUGAUAUUGAACGACCCCGUCUUCAAUUGGGACAUUGCAUCAUUUCACUGUCUACCGCGAUCGAGGGCGAGUCAUCGCCUCUGCCACAAAAUAACCUGGCGGUCGAUUUGAAAUCUAUCACUCCCAGCCUUCGUCUCCUUGGGUUUGCUCUCCUCGAGGACGCUAAGCAACUCUUGGCCCUUGCAUCCAUGACACCCCUAGUUGUGUAUGGAGACGUCUUGACAGCGGUAGAAAGGUUGAUUGAGUCAAGUGAUCGUCGCCCUGAUAACUCUGAGGCAAAACGCGGUGAACCGGUGCUUUUAACGGAAUCAGAGGUCGCCUCGGCUUUGGAAAAUUUCAGGGUACGGUUUUGA